UUCUUGGUUGCGACAAUGGUGCGGAUUGGAAACGGCUUAUGCCCCAAUUACUUUCAAUGCCCGCUGCUGGGCCUUCAUUCUUCGCACAUAUGUCGAAAGCCGAACGAUUGUUGUCCUACUCAUUAUUGUCCUUGAUUACGUCGACACCUUUGUCUUCUACUCCCCUGGGGAUUAACGAAGAUCCGGGGGAUACCCCUCAACAGAGAAACGGGCUCUUGAACGAAGAUGAUGGAGCUUGGUGUUGGCGUGAAGGCUGUCAAGAUUGUCUGAAGCUCACAAAAGCGAUGCAGAAAACAUCAGAUGGUCUGCAGAUUGUUGCAGACCUGUAUGACAAUCAUGCCCGGCGUACCCAGCUUGCAACUCACGACGCCUUCAAGAGCGUUGCUCAUCCAUACCAAUUGUAUGAGGGAAUUGUUGAAACCCACCAAUCUACUGUUUCACGAUAUAAAGAUGCUCUCAAAUUGGGAAAGUCAAACGAUGAGAUGGCCGCACGCUGCGAAACUGUCUUAAACAUUACGAUGGCUGAGAUAGACACAUACCACGACCAGAAAGUGGAAAACUUUGGCACAAUAACGAGGGAGUAUCUUGAUGGAGAGAUACACUUUUACAAACAGGUCCUGCACAAGCUGAAGGCAGCCCGGCGCACCUUCGACGCUCUGCGUUUUGACGAGCUGAGCAGGUCACCUCCGAAGCAGAAUCCUCCACCACUGCCACAGCCCUGUCCUCAUGUCUAUGACUCUGCGUCUAUGAGGCCAGUGAAUACGGCAAUACACAAGGGGAUCGGAGCACUACCAGGGAAGUCCCAGCCUGGUAGGAAGGGGAGUCUUUUGGGACUAAUGUGGGUUGAAUAAAGUACCUGAUGCGAAUGUUAUCAGCAGUUUCCGACACAAAAAUCGGGUCGACUUACAUGAAACUCUCUAUGGACGUCUCUUUUUAAUUAU